AUGCCAGGAUUCAUCAAAAUCUUGUAUUGUCUCAUGGAUUAAGAUUUGAGCUGAAAAGUAACAAACUGUUAUAUAAAUAGGUUCUUCUUCAUUAUUUUAAACAUAUAAACUACUCUAGUUUUUUUGGUUCAUUCUAAGUCUUAACAAAGAUAACCAAAUUUAAACAAUUUUAAGAAAAAGCAAGAUUUAAACAAUUUUAAGAAAAAGCAAGAAUUAAGAUGGAUAAGAAAUUAAACAUAAAUAUUUUAGAAAAAGAUUAAUAUCUAUAUAAUAUAAUGAAUCAAAUUAUUGACAAAUGUUAUAAUUUAUUAAUAGAAGAAAUAAUCAUGAUAGUAAUAAAAAAACUAUUAAUCCAAAUCAACCAUUUAUUCUUAAAAUUUUAAAGUUGCUGUAUUAUACUAAUAUAAAGGAUAUAAUAGUAGAUUUGAGAAAAAUAUACAAAUUUUGAAAUAAAAAGCAGCGUUUAUCCUUGAAGAGAUGCGAAACCAAAAAAAAAGUAUUUUUAUAAAUUUAAGUUUUUAAGUAGUCUAUUUGAUUGAAAUGAAUCAUAAAUUGGAAAGAAUAAAUAUAAUAAUUGUUACAAUGUUCUAGCAUAAGAAAUUAAAAAGAACUAUGAUUAAAUAAGAUAGAUAUUUUUGA